GUAAUCGGCCAGUGUUAAUUGUGCUUCUGGAUCAAACUAGGAGUUGUGUUGCAAUGUUGGUGCUUGAAACAUAUUCAUUUUCAGUUGUAAUGGUAGUGGGUUCGUGAGUUAGGAGGUUAUGUAUAAUGUAUGUAGAAUAAACCCGAAUAGCCUAGCAUUUGAGUUGCAUUUACAAGAGAGAUGUCAGUAAAGGCAGGAAGAUCGGUGGCUGCGUGCUGGUGAUCAGAGGUCCGGACAUCAAAGGAAAACGAUAAACGGGCACUGGAAAAGCAGCAAACACAUCCCGUCAGUAUUAAACCGCAUGAAAUGAUGCCAGUGCUCCAGUACAGGAAGCAGGAAACGGUGGGGUUGGGAAUUACAGGCGGUCGAGCAACUUUUCUCUAACCGGUCUGGAGUUACUUGAAGAUAUGUAAUUUUAAAAUCGGCGAAAAAGCAGAUGGAUUUCCUUUUGCUGUUUGCGAUCUAUGUGCUGUUCAUAUUGACCUGCAUCGCUCUUGUGUGUAAAUGCUCCAGCAAUCGACAAACUCCUUUCGAAAGAUUUCUUAGCUUUGCCUCCGAGAAAAUUUCACCCUGGAUUCCUCUGUGGCUUCAAAGGGUCUUUUAUAAGGCUCAGCACAGAGUCUUUCAUCAACGGAAUAGACUGUUCCUCUGUCUGCAGCUGUUCUUGGAGGCAGCUGUGUUUGCAGAGUUCAGCUAUGAAGUCUUUGGGUUCUGCAGGGAGAUGGGUACUGGCCUCACUAGCCUAUGCGUGCCUUAUGUUUUGCUUGCUGUAAAAUCCUACUACUUCUACCAGUGCUGUUGCAAAGACCCCGGUACAAUCACAAAGGAGAACCAUUCUGCCCAGGUUCAGGUGUAUCAGUACGACAGGAGACUGUUCCAUCCAGCUGUCACUUGUCCGACUUGCCUCCUGGUAAAACCUGCCAGGUCAAAACACUGCAGGGUGUGCAAUAGAUGCGUGCAACGAUUUGACCACCAUUGCGUGUGGGUGAACAACUGUAUCGGGGCCCAAAACAGCAGAUACUUCCUGGCAUACCUGCUGCUGGUCUGUGCCAUGGCAUUGGACAUAGCAGUGCUGACGUCGGACAUGCUGUUUCACGUCGUGCUGCAGUCGGGCCUCCUGCACGCCCACUACGUCGACCAGGAUGGACAGCAGCAGCCCGCUGGGCCCCUUUUCAUUGCUCAGCAUCUCUUCCUGACGUUUCCCAGGAUCAUCUUUAUGCUGGGUUUUCUCAUCUUCGUCUUCAUGCUGUUGGCUGGAUACACCCUGUUCCAUUUGUACUUAGCCUUAACCAACCAAACAUCCAACGAGUGGUACAAAGGCAGGGCACGGGGAUGCGAGCAUUGCCAGGCCGGCCCAGGACCUCCCUGCCCUCCCCAGGCUGGGAUUACCAGAAGCUUCUACAACAGAGGCAUCUUACGGAAUCUGCAGGAGAUCUUCAGGCCUCUCACUCGCAGCAAGAAGAAAAAUAAAUAGCACUCAUGGAUGUUGUUGACAGGGUAGCAGCACUGGUGCUUGGAUGUUCCUGACAUAGUGGAAAGUUGCUUUAUGGGGAUCAUGUGUAUUUAUCUUUAAAUGUAAUGACUGAACACCACAAGUAACACCGCAGCUAUUUUGAAAAAGCGGUGUUCUGCAGUCAAAAAGCAAAUUUACUUUUUAGUUUGUCACAUACAAGAAUAAAUGACCUCUUGAAUUUUA